UGCCAUAACAGCACAGCAGCAGCAUCCCGAGCUCGAGCGACGACACGGACGGUCGGCGAUUCCCCAUUUCAAAUAAAAUCCCCGGUCAAUAUUAAUUGCCGUUCUUUUCCUCACAUCCCCGCGGUGCUGCUCGAGACACACAUGACGCAGUUUUGAAUUAAAGACGCGGAUAUCGCGGGGUUUUGUUGCGGAGCGGCGCGGCGCAUCUGGAGCGGAGCAUGCCGUGGGGUGUCCCGGCAGGCCUGUGAAGAUGAGUGUGACCUCCUGGUUCCUGGUGAGCAGCUCUGGGACCCGCCACCGGCUGCCCAGGGAGCUCAUCUUUGUUGGCCGUGAGGACUGUGAGCUCAUGCUGCAGUCUCGCAGUGUGGACAAGCAGCAUGCAGUCAUCAACUAUAACCCGGCGACAGACCAGCACCUGGUCAAGGACCUGGGCAGUCUCAACGGGACGUUUGUGAACGACCUGCGGAUCCCAGAGCAGACCUACUUCACCCUCAAGCUGUCGGACAUCGUGCGCUUUGGAUAUGAUACCCAUGUCUACACCCUGGAGAAGAGCCAGCACAUAGUGCCAGAGGAGGCUCUGAAGCAUGAGAAGUACACCAGCCAGCUGCAGAUGGGCAAACACGCAGAGACGGAGGACCGGCCCCGACCUGAGAAACCGGAGCGCACCAAGACCCAGAACCGUACCCAGAUCCAGAACACGAGCCAGAGCCAGAGCCAGAGCCAGACCCCGACCCCGAGCCAGACCCCAGACUGCCCAGGACCCCGGCCGACCCCCCUGUAUGGGCAGCCAUCCUGGUGGGGGGAGGAGGACAUGUGCAGCGAUGGUCUUCACCCAGAGGCCCAGAACCCCGAGCUGUGUGACUUCAGGGAGAACCAGGCCGGGUUCCCCGGGUACCACCGCGAGGCCAGCUACUUCGAGAUCCCCACCAAGGACUUCCACCAGCACCCCAAGUCCCCGGAGGCCGAGCUCCACGAGGUGCCCACCAAGGACACGGACACGCCCCUCGCCACGCCCCCGGCCCCGGCCCAGGCCCAGGCCCCGCCCUCCCCGCCCACCCCCACCCCUCCCGUGGUCCAGAGCCACGCCUCCUUCACCAUCGAGUUCGAUGACUUCACGCCGGGGAAGAUAAAGAUCAAGGACCACGUGACCAAGUUCACUUCCCGCCAGCGGAAGCAGCAGGCGCUGCACCUGAAGGCCCCGGUGGGAGCGCCCGUGGACCUGAUGUCCGCCGAGAGCAAGGUGGCCGACUGGCUGGUCCACAGUGACGUCAGCAUGAUGAAGAAGAGGCCCACCUGCGAGGACGUCUACAGCACCAAGAGCGACCAGGCCAUCAACACCAAGACCCUCAAAGGUCACCACCACGAGGAUGGCACCCAGAGCGACUCUGAGGAGCCCGUUCUGGUAGGGAGGCGGAGCAAGUCCAACCACUCGGUCCAGACCGACCAGUCCGAAGUGUCCCAGCAGACGGUCAAAUCGGGUCAGUCCGUCUGCUCCCAGGAGGCGGUCCCCAUGCCUGCUGUCGUCUCCCCGUCCUUUCCUGACUCGCUUUCCCAGAGCCCGCCGCAGAGCCACUCUCCCCCAAACCAGACCCCCAUCCAGGAGCCGCCGACCCAGGUGUCCCCACACCACGGGUCCCCGAGCCAGGGCUCUCCCAGCCAGACCUCCACCCCAGGGCCCCCGGAGCACCUCAGCCAGCAGGCCUUCAUCAUCGAGUUCUUCGACGACAACCCUCGUAAGAAGCGCUCCCAGUCCUUCACCCACACCCCGGCCCAGGCGGACUCCUACUCGGCCCUCAAGGCCAAGAUGGAGCGCCGCAAAGGCACUGAGCGGCCGGCCUCUGUGCACGGCCACCUCCCCCCCACCCAGCAGGUGACCGUUCCCCUGAAGGCCCAGGGCCACGGGACCCCCCAGCGGUCCAGCUCUCUGAAGAGGGAGAAGACGGAGGGGGACGUGCUGGCCUCCGCCACCCCGCGCGCCCCCCCCACCAGACCUUUCGGCAGCGUGGGGAAGAAGUCCAAGCUGGUGCAGGAGUUCGCCGCCGAGUUCCUCAAGGACUCUGGGGGUCCGCCGUCUCCGACCAGGGACAGGCCGGGCCCUCCCCCCAUGUCGGCCCCACCCGUCAUGGUGUCCCCCGCCUGCAUGCACCUCCCUUCCCCACAAGAAAGCCCCAAGACCCCCACCCCGGCCUCGUACCCCUCCUCGCCUGCUCCCCCUGUCCCCGUGUCCAGCACUCUGACCCCCACCCCUACGCGGAGUACCCUGGCCGCCUCUCUCGGCCCGCCCGCCUCUCCGGCCCGCCAGCCCGGCCCCGCCCAGGCCGCCAUGCUCCCUCCGGGUCUAGUGCGGGGACUGGACCCCCGCACCCAGCGGGUGGGCCGGAACGAGGAGGACGACAGCCUGAGUGACGCGGGGACCUACACCAUCGAGACCGAGUGCCACGACACAGAGGUGGAGGAGGCCCGCAACAUGAUAGACCAGGUGUUUGGUGUCCUGGACUCUCCAGAGUAUAGUGGAGUAAACUCCUCUGUUUAUAGGCCAGUCAUUAAUGAGGGGAAGGAUGAGCACACUAGCCUUGAGAUCGAUGGUAGUGCUGUGGAUCCAAUGCAUGGCUUUAACCCGGCCACUAUCAGUGGCACCACGACCGGCCCGGUGCAGGUUCCUCCUGCUAACGCAGCAGGAAUGGAGGGCCCAAAGUGGGUCUCUCGCUGGGCCAGUCUGGCUGACAGCUACGCCGAGGGGGCCUCGCCCCCCUCUGUUGGGGAAUCUCUGGAUGAUUCUCGCUACCUAUCCAGCCGGUCAGUGAUGAGCCAGUCAGAGUCAGAGUGCAGCCAGGUUUCCCGCACCAAGAGGCUGCUACCCCAGGUUCCUCCUGGGGAGAGACUGGAGGGCAGCACCCCCAGCAUCCUGAUCCAGCAGGACUCUUACCCUGGACCAGAAACCCUGGACAGAGAAGCCAGGGCCACAUGCCCUCCCGAAUCUGGCCAGUUGCUUAGCAUCAGAGACGACGUGGACCCGGACAGCCUGAGCGACACCAGCCGUUCGGACGAUGGACAGGAGCGAGCUCACAGGACCAAGGCCAAGACCACGGCCAAGGCCUCGUCCAGAGCUCCUGUGCCUCAGGUCAGACCUUCAGAGAGGGUUUCUCCGUCCCCGUCCACCAAGUCCACCUGUUUCUACAUCGGCUCCGACAGCCCAGGAAAGGCUGACCCACCCCGGAGCCUCAAAGAGGCCCCAUCCAAGAACCCGCCCACCACCGUUCUGAUUCGUCACUUGAGUGGCCACGAGCCCCGUAGGACGAGUGUCAAGCCCAACAGCUCGGCCCCCAACCUCCAAUUACAGGACAAGGAUUCUGUCCCCACGAAAGACGGCGCCAUCGUCAGGCAAGAGAGCUUCACCAAAGAGCGCCAGAGCGACACAGUCCAGAAGAAGAAGCUCCCGCACAUCUCCAGCCACCCGUCCAUCAGGGACAUGGAGCAGAGGAAGGAGGCCGCCCCAGACGUCUUCUUCAAGGAGUCCGAAGGCCCGCUCUUCCACUCCUCUGGGUCUGGCCGCAGCUCCAAGAAGGGUGGCUCCUCCAGCCACAUGGGGGACUCUCUGUCCGGGGAUUCGGACGUGGACACGGCGAGCACCGUCAGCCAGGUGAGCAACAAGAACACACCGGUCACCUCCGUCUCCAAGAAGCGCUCGGUCAUCAGCGGCCUGCAGAAGGAAAAGUCCUCCUCCAGCCCGUCCAUCCAGGAGAAGGGGCGCCAGCUCUCCGCCCGCGAGCGCCUAUCGGAGAAACGUCGGGGCCAGGUGGGGUCCGAUGCGUCCGGCGGGAAGGCCGAGGCGGCCAAACGCUUCCACAUGCGCCGCAGCGCCGGCAACCGGGGCUCCCUGGACCUCUCCGAGGGCCAGCCGGGGCAGAGCCACGGCGACAACGUCUCCUCGGACCACGAGGCCGGCUCUCGUACGUCCGGCCGCACAAAGAAGCUCACCGCCCCUUUGCAGAAGGAGGACAACGGGAAGACCUCCAAGACGGCGGCCCAGCAGGUCCUGACGCGGUCCAACAGCCUGUCGGCCCCGCGGCCCACCCGCGCCUCCAUGCUCCGCCGCGCGCGCCUGGGCGAGACCUCGGACAACGAGGGCGCCGAGACGGACCGGGGGUCCCAGAACUCGGACCACGUGGGGGCGGCGUCCAAAGGCUCGGCGGAGAAGAAGCUCUCUCGGCUGGACAUACUGGCCAUGCCCCGCAAGAGGGCCGGCUCCUUCACCACGCCCAGCGACAACGAGGCCGGCCCGCCCCCCGCCGGGCGCAACAGCUACUCCGGGCGGGAACCCGGGGGCUCCAACAGGAAGUCGUCGGUGGGGGACGCCAGGCAAGCUGCCGCCAAAGGCUCUGGAGCCGCGGCGAAGCAGACCGCUGGCCGGACCCGGUCCAACGGAACUAAGUACUCUGGAACCGCCUCUCGCCGUAGGCAGAAGGGUUCGGACUACUCCUCUUCCUCGGAGGAGGAGUACGAGACCAGCCCCGGCACCUCUAAACCCCGACGCUCCUCCCAGCCCUCCGCCCCCUCGCAGCCUCACCGCGGACGCACCGCCCCCUCCCGCCCCAAGUCCAUCUCCGUGGAAACCGAGGACGACGACCCCCAGAACGACGUGGACCCUUACCAGAACUGGACAACGCACAGCGCUGAGAUUGCAAAGCUCAGCCACGACCUGGCCAAAGACCUGGCCAUCCUGGCGAGGGAGAUCAACGACGUGGCCGGGGACGGGGACCCCCCCGUAGCCAUCGCCGGGACCCCAAUCUCCUCCCCAAGCUCCCAGCCCAACACCCCCGCCUCGCCCAUCUCCUCCAGGGAAGAGAGGCCACAUCCAUACUCUCCAGGGGUCCGACCAUCUCAGCUGGUCCAACAUCUCCCUGAGGCUAGUUUAAACUACCAGAAGGUUCCUCCAGGUUGCACCAGUGUCCUGGACGCAAACAUGAAUGAGGCGGAGCCAGGUUCUAAGCAGCGCCGUCCCUGGAACCGCCAAGAGGUGAUCCUGGACAACCUGAUGUUGAACCCCGUGUCUCAGCUCUCACAAGCCAUCCGGGAAAACACUGAGCAACUCGCUGAGAAGAUGAAGGUUCUCUUCCACAACAAGGCAGAGGUCUGGGAGGAGAUCGAGGCUAAAAUCAACGCUGAGAAUGAAAUCCCAAUUCUGAAAACAUCCAAUAAGGAGAUCACCUCCAUUCUUCAGGAGCUCAGGAGAGUUCAGAGACAACUAGAGGUCAUCAACACCAUCGUGGAGCCCUCCAGCCUCCAGGUAGGGGCCCUGGGGCCCACGUCGACCAGCCAGACGAGGCCCUCGGCGCGGGACAAGAAGCCGACCAGCCGGCCCCUGGGGGACCGGCCCCGCGGGGGCCCCUCCUCGUCCAACGCCAACGAGAGCACCAAGCGGUCGUCCCGCGGGGCCGCCGGCGGAGGCGGGGGAGGGCAUCACAUGUCCUGAGCGGGCCACCGGGGAUACGUUUGUCCGUAGCUAGUAGCUAUGUCCCGCCCACUGGCUGAUGACUGACAGCCUUUUAGUACCAAUGGUGUUAGGACAUCUCACCUAGACCGUCAACAACACAUGUCUGUGAGCAGCGUGUGUGUGGUGCAAACAGAACACAGCGGCUCUCAACGUCCAUCUGUACUUUGUAUCCUUUACAGAAACUAUUUAAGCAACAACAACCAGUAGUAAUUGCUUCCACAUUGCGCCUGCCAACACGAAUAUAAACAAAGUUAUAGAAAAUAUUGUUAUGAUUAUUAGUCGCUUGCACUACAGUACAGUCAGUGGACCCUGUAUCAAAAUGUAUGGAGUAUAUUUAUUUGUGCUUUGAUAAUCUGUCAUUGGUCUGUAUUUAAGGGAGAGGGGAGGUAUAGAAUGUGUGUUUCCUGUCCGACCGGGACAGAUCAAAUGUUAGAGGUACUGAAUGUGUGUAAGCUGAGUGGGUCACUACGUGGACGAGGAGGCCUGUUUGUCAGUAUAAACAAUGAAGAAAAAGAAUGUAGCUUUAAACAAAUUAAAUCAAUACUCACCCGGACAUCCCAAUGCUGAACAACACGGCUUUCUGAUUCUGAAUGAGAAAAUGUACACAAAAAAAGUCAAUUUCGCUAUCUCCUGUUUCUAAAAUGUGUGUGUAGCGUGCCUGACAAGGGAAGUUUAUUUUGAAUGUCUUGGUUUGUGUUUGUCUGCAGGAUCAGGGCUCAACCUCUUCUAUUCACACGCCAGUACCGUUCAUCUCAUAUCUCUUACAGAUGGAGCCAGUACUCCACCUACGAGCCCUUUACCCAUUUAUCUCUAUGGUAGCUGAACCAUUCUCAUCAUAGCCAAGGUAACAGAAGCUUCUUGCCAUCACUAUUGUAACAGAAGCUUCUUGUCACCGCUAUGGCAACUGAUGAAUUCUGGCCAUCACUAUGGACACUGAAGCGUCUUCUCAUCGCUGUGGUAACUGAACCAACCGUUCUUGCGUCGCAAUGGUAAUUUGUGAAGCACACCAAAUCAUUGUGGCCGAUGGCUGAUGGGCCUUCCCAGGCCAACUUUAAAGCUUGAUACAGUGAUGCAUCUCGGUUUCAAAUUGACCAACCCUUCUUUCGCGUUGAAGAGGGUUGGGGCUCAGCUUUCGUUUAACGUGCUUCUCAUAGAAUACACAAAUGUGGGGGCUAUAGUUGACAUUACCUCCUCCAUAUCUAAUUCUAGCCGGGGGUUUGAACCGGUGACCUUUCGGUCAAAAGCCUUUCAAUGGUCCACUCCGUACGAGUGUUAGCCCUAGGGAGAACGUGUGUAGGGUCUUAUCUGGAGUUCCGGUGUGUGUUUCGAAUGACCCCUGACCUCUCUAGUAUGUACCUUGUGUAUAUCGUGUGUGUGUUAGUGUCUGAGUGCUGCGAGUGUGUGCGUGUGUGUGCGAGCUGUAGCUCACAGCUCAUCCACUGUACAGAACAGCCGGUAGCGCUCAGCGGCCGUGGUGUGCACAAGGAGCUGGGGCUACCUCACCAAACGUGCACUUCUUUCUUUCAGUUGACCCGAGUUUGCUGAAUGGGUGACUUAGUUUUUGUUUUGCAGUCUGGUGAAGUUUAGAUGUCUUCAACCAAUGGGAAUGUAUUGAUUUGAUCACCUGCUCGGAACGGGGCACCUGAUUGGCAGCUGCUGUAAUGAUGUAACUCUUGCUGCUAAUAGGUGAUUGGUGUUCUACUUGAUUAUGCUUCAUAUGCAUGCUACAGAACAGCUGUAGAGAAACAAGAAAAGCUCUUACCGCAGACCAAACCGUCGUUAUUUACUAGCUAUGUAACCAUUACCCUAAAUCUUUUUUAUGGCUUUGAGCGUACAAUGAUGUUGUUCAUCUCGAGUGACAGAGGCAUUUGAUUUACAGAAACUCAUUCCUCUCAUCACAUUCUUUGUAAUAAACUUCUUCAUGCACUCCUGUGA